UUCUUUCCCUAUCAGCCAAUAGGCGUUGCAGACGAACACCAGUUUGCUUUUCUCGGCGAUCGAUGGCAGCGAACACAUACGCAACUGCCUUGGCGACGUUGGAGCGCUCUACGCAGUUCCUACACGUAGAUAGCAUCUUGCCCUGCUUCGAGCCACUCUUGGACGCGCAGUCGGCGACGGCCACAGAUGACGCCGUCAUUGCGAACAUCGGGAAAUGGUCGCACGUUCUUUCCGGUAUCAUCCUCCCAAAGAUCAAGAAGGCGCUCGGAGUACCAGCGUCUUUGGACAUCGACGCCGUAUUCUCGCACCUCUCUGUCGACGACAUUGGCAUCUCGGACGUCCUCAUACCGACUGUGCACCCGCGCGCAUUUGGCUCGCUUCUCGUGUUCCUACCGACGCCGUAUGACGGCGGCGCAGUCUCGUUCGCCUCUAGCGACAUGACAAAGGUGUAUACGUCGUCAAUGAAGGCGGGCGGGUGCGAUGCCAUGUACGCCGCCACGCUCGCUGGCACAAACGUGUCGUCCGCCCCGAUUACGCACGGUCGACGCACCACUCUCGUCUACAGCUUGGUCAGCGUCGCUUCGGAUGCAAUCUUUCGCCCGCCCACAUACACCGAAGCGAUGGCGGCUUUCCAUCACAUCGCUGCGAAGCCGAUGGCGCAGACCCAGCGUGUAGCGUACUUCGUGCCGAGCUCUGUCGUAUCGUUUGAGGACCUCGCAGCGCCUGCUGCAAACCUCGCUCGACUUCUCGUGCUUUCCAACGCCUUUGAUGUGACUAUCACCCGCAUUACGAAACACCGAGUGACUCACUGCUUCCCCCACCCGUCGUGCGCCACGCCCGAUUCCGUUGUCACGGGUCUCGCCGGGCGAACGGUCCAUGCCUGUUUGAACGACCCGAACACGUUCCAGAGUCGAAGCUGUGAAGGUCCACGCACAGCGCUGCUCUUUUGGCCCAAGCAGUAUCGCGCCGGUAUCGUCGGCGUCAACGCAGCCAUGUCGCUGCUUCGAGACGGUAGCUGUCUUGGGCUGCCCUCUUGUCGGGACCUUCUUCUCGGUACAAUGGCGAUCUUCAAGACCAUUCAGUGCACUACGGUAAAUGCCACCCCAACCAGCCUCAUCGACGACAUCCACAGUCCAUCGCUGCUUCUUGAGCCGUUGGCACACCUCGUUUUGGCGUCCAAUGACUGGAGCAUCGCCGAGAUCUUCAUCCAAGACAUUCUGCGCGUCGCAAACAACUACGAGCCGCCAGUCCCAUGGGCGGACAUUGGGCGCAUUCUCCACGGCUGCUUGACAAAGUUUACGUGGCCCACACUAUACGGCGCCUUGGAGCACCUCGUCACGUGGUGGAGCGCGACGCUGCAUGUAGACGCGGUUGUACACCUCCUUGCGAGCCUGGCGGGUGUCGCCCCGCACCCUUUGUGCCACCAGCUGUCGCAGCCGUUCGUCGCCGAGUGCAUCAAGGCGUGCUGGUCCGUCGUCAGCCAACAUGCAAAAAAGAUCCAGGGCAACACCGCCGCCUCCAUCCUCCUCGUCGACUGGUACCUCGACGAGAUGGUGCAACCAACGCAGCCUCCCGCCCAUUGGCUCGACGCCUUCUUGCCGCGCUCUGUGAUUACCCUCGUCGACAACUUUUUGUACGCCCGUCAGCACGGCGCGUCGACACUCCUCGCAUUGUGCGGUGACGCGGCCACACGACUUGAGGUGCUACCGCUUGCACUCGUGAGGGCAACCGAGAGCUGCCCGAGCAUACCUUGGCCGCUUUACGUGGCCGCGAUCAAGCAAGCCAUCCACGCGAUUUUGGCGCCCUCUCGCGUCAAGCGUGUGAGCACGAGUGCAUGCAGUUUCAUCCUGCAAUGCAUGGUGACGGCUGGACUCUGCGACACAGCUCUCUUUGAUGCCUUAGAAACCCUCUGCGGCAUGGGCGUAUUCGAGUGCAUCUUGGAGUUUCUUGAGCGCCAGUCGACUCCAGUCGCGCCUUGGACGCAGUCGCUCAUUUCGACCUUCGUUUUGACGAAGACGCACUUGCUUGUCAGGGCCUCUGCCAAGCCGGUCGCGGCAGCGUUCCUCUCUCUCCGACUCGUCGCACCUGGAACAAUAGCCACGUUUGCAACAGCAUGGCUUGGGGCGCUACCGACAACACUCGAUGCGAACCGAACGAUCCUCGCUCCCGUAAUCCUGAUGCUUCAAGACUUGCUGGGAGGCAACCACCGCGACGUCCUCAUGCAGAUGGUGAAGCACAGUCUUGCGACCUUUGAAUGCAGCGGGGCGCUGAAUCCAGUGCCCGCCAUCACCGACUUUGUUCUUGACGACAUUGCGACGGACCCGACACAUUGCCGCGACUGCGCGGCACUGUCCGCCUUUCUGCGCGAUGGGGCUGAGACGCAGUUCACAGCGUCGAUCCAUAUUUGCGCGCUCGUUCCCGGCGUCGUCGAAGCAAACGCUCGGCGGCUCCGGCUGCGCGAAAGACGCGUUCCCCGCGGGCGGCCUCUUCGAGAAACAGUCAUCUGGAAGCUACAGCGGCCAGGCGGAGCUUCCGUGCAAGAUCUCAAGCUGCGUAUAAAACAACAAGCGCUCCAUACCAAGGACGUCGAGCAUUGGAUGCAGCUGGAAGCUCUACUGCAUGGCGCGAGCGAAGACGACACCAAAGAUGACGACACGGCUGCACCAUCGCCAAAAAGAUUGCGGCUAGAGUAGUAUGGUGAAGUGCGCUAUACUAUAACACGACCAAACAUGCACGGAGCAGGACCGG